AUGAAGCUCGUGCUCUCAACCUCGAACAUCAUGUCUGGCGGACCCUCCGUUAUACGCCGUCCUCUGUUUGAAAAAUCAAACACCGAACUCACGUCCGCACUCCGCGCAAACUUCUCUGCCCACCAACCCGCUCAAGCGCCUGCAAAACCAAACUACCGAACAUGGACCACUGCGACCGAAUCCGCCCUCUACGUUCCCACACAUACCCCGUCACCCCUCAGCGAGCCCCGAGAGUCGUACGACAUUACAGUCAAGCUAUUCUACCUGCCCAACAUACCCACCGACCGCCGCUGCGCCCAGACAAGAGAAGCGAUCGAACUGGUACUCAAGGAGCUGGGCACAUCAUCAAUAGAUCUCUUGAUCGUAAGCUUCCCGGGCAUAUCUUUUGAUGCCGACGACGAGGAGUCCGACUUGGAAGACAACGACCCGCCUUCUCCCCCAUCCGCAACCCAAUCCACAUCCGAAAACUCGUCUGGCGACUGUCUGGACGCAGACGUGCCACCCGAAGACAUUGAGACCAUGAUAACCACGUGGCAUACGCUGGAGAAGCUGCAAGCAGAAGGCCUGGUUUCAAAACUCGGGAUUGCAGAAUUCGGCGUCACGCGACUAACGCGCUUCCUAGAACAUACCAAGAUAAAGCCCAGUGUGAAUCAGAUCAACGUGCGCGAUUGCUGUGUCGUACCUAAGCCCUUGAUUCUGUACGCAAAACAGCAACAGAUUGAACUUCUCACACAUAACGACUGCACAAACAUCCUGCCACGAGGCACUCUGAGACAGAUACUAGGCGCGGGCGAGAAUGGCUCGGGCGUCCUAGCAGGCGAAGGAAACGAGCAGGGACUCAAGGGCGAUGUAGAGCCGCAAUGGGUUGUCAAGUACACGGCAGUCGUCAAAGACCGAGGCGUCGUGGAAAACAAGGGCUAUUUUGCUGUUGCAGAAUUACGAAACGCAUAACCUUUUU